UUCACAUAGUACAUUUAUAUUGAGUUCAUUGCUAGUUGGCAGACAUUCUCGGUUUUGUUAAAAAUCCUCCUUCAGUGAAGCAACUGUUGGUUGUUCAAUCGCCAUGCUAGUUGGCUAGCGAACUAACGCUAUCCAACGUUAACAUUAACUGGCAGUUUACUAGUUAGCGAAGUUUGUUACAUCGCUGCUAACAGUCGAGAACGUAAAUUAGCUUACAUAGUUAUAUACACAUAGUUAUCUUUUUUUAUGCAGUAACGAUAACUAUAUAUAGACUAUAUAUGUUUGCUAACUAACCAUGUCAUUGGUUGCUAAUGGUAUGUUAACCGCUGGCUAGCUACCUAGAAGUUUGUGCUAAGCAAAUGGAGCCAUAAUGUCUGUUGCUUUGCCAGCAAGCUAACGUUAACAUGUCUUGAAUAGUUAACAUUAGUUAGCUAGCAAAUAGUGCUCGUUGGUUAACAAGUUACUGUAACUAGUUAGCCAGAUGCUGUUAGCUACCUAGCCAUGUUCAAAAUUCGGGAGGCUCCCCACGCCAUCGCAGCCGUGAGCUAAUGUUGGCUCACAAUGUUUCACGUUUGUUAACUAACUACUGUUAGCCAACAUAGCCAACCAUGGAUAUCUUAAACGGUCUUCUCUUUGCGUCGCCCGUUAGGUGAAACUAUCACGACAAUGUUGUUGGCGGUAACGUUAGCUGGCUAGUUUGUGAACAGGGCAGGUAUUCACUCAUUUUUAGACAACUAAACGCUAGCUAGCUAAAAAGGCAAUACGUUAUCCUUGCUGACUGACGUUGCAGCACGAGGCUAGACAUCAACUUAGCUAGUUUGCUACUUUUAGAAUAGAAAUGCCCCCAGCUACGUUAGGUUGCAGACUUUGCGUUUUGAACCAUUGCCUGGUUCAGUUGUUUCAUUGCAUGUUUCAUUGCUAAUGUUAGCUAGUUAUCGCUAUAUUCUCUAGAAUAGAUACAUCGCAAGGCCGAACAAAAAUAGACCAACAGCAAGCUAGCAGCUAACAAUACUUCAAUGCGGAUGGAUUCGUUAUUGAAGUGCAAAACGGAUACUCUGCCUCCAGAGAGGAGAAAGAGGACCGUAGAAGACUUUAACAAGUUCUGCAACUUUGUCUUGGCAUAUGCAGGCUAUAUCCCCAAUCCUAAAGAGGAAGGUCCAUGGUCGCCAGCAUCCUCCAGCUCUCCGCACAGCUCAGGGGCGUCAGGGGAAAGCGGGGGUGGUGGUGAAGGAGGCGGCGGCGGCAGCUCCUUGGGGGCCAGCUGGGGAGACGGCGGCAACGACCUGCACACCAUCCACACGUUUGUCCGCAAGGCCCGUGCCAACAAGGGCAAGAGUAUGCGCCGCAUGCACUCCGACAGCUCCCUGCUGGACAAGAUGCGCCUGAAAGACUCCCUGUACGACAGCCAGGCAGGCAGCAAGGCAGAGCGCAAGAAGGACAAAAAGCUAAAAAAGUUGUCGAUGGGUUCUGCCAUUGGCGGCGGGGGCGAAAGCGGGAGUAGCGGCGGGGAGAAGAGGGCCCGUAUCAAGCGCAGCAAAAACCCCAAGCAGGCCAAAGCCCUCAAAAAGCUUAAGAGCUCGGCCACACAAAGUGAGACAGACUCAGAGACGGGCCAUGCCCAUCCCGGGGAGCGCCUGGUCCGAGAUGACCUGACAGGGAACGGGGUCUCCUCACCAGGAAUGCAGGGGCUGGCUAAGAUUCAGGUGGAGGAGUCCAACCGGGAGGCAGAAAUGAGCUCGAGCGAAGGCGAGACCUGGAUCGCUGAUGAGGACAUCAUGGUGGAGUCGGGUGACGACUCUUGGGACUUAAUCACCUGUUACUGCGGUAAGCCGUUUGCGGGGCGACCCAUGAUCGAGUGCAACCAGUGCGGCGUGUGGGUCCAUCUGUCGUGCGCCAAGAUCAAGAAGUCCAACGUCCCUGACAUCUUUUACUGCCACAAGUGCAGGGACACUCGACGGUCGGGGCAAAAGAAAGAUCCCUAAAGAGAGAGGGGGUGGGAGGGACUAUAUCCCUCCUAUAUCCCUUUUCAAUCUACCCUAUUUUCUGUGUUCCACUACAACAUCCAAGUUCUUUUCUGCGAUGCCUGCAGCUGAUUGUUAACCCUCACCUGGACAGCAACUGUAUCGUUAGUUUUCUAGGUGUUAUUUUUUGACAAUCACUAUCCUCACUUAUUCAUGUAGGUUCUUUGUCACUUUCUGCCUCUGUGAAAACUGGGCUAAAACAGGAAGACAUUGGGGGGAGAUCUCUUUAUUAUCUGUAACAUACAAAUAGAUAUGCUUCUCUUGCUUAGUAUUCUUACUAAAUUGAGAUUUUUUUCAUUGAAAUGUUAGACUCCCAAACAGAUAUCCAUCUCCUGGUUUUCAUGUUAAGGUCAUAGCAUAAGGUGCAUGACAAGUUAUAGAGAAUUAUUUAUUUAGGACAUUGAUGGACAACUUUUCUGUCUGUCAAUGUUCAAGGAAAAAAGCUAGUAUUUUAUAAUGGUACAUUGACUAUUGUGAGACACUCUGCAACCAGUAAUCAAUGCAAUGCGACUGCUACACCAUGACACAGGCACAACCCCCUUCUUUCUCUGAAAAGAAAACGGAUACUCCUGUUUAUUUUUGUCCUUAAGUUUCUCUUUUUAGUGUUAGAAGGGCAGCUCUCGUUUUAUUUGAUUGUUUUUGUAGCUACUUUUUUCUCAUGUAAGCUUUCGAUUUGCGAUUGUUUAUGAAUUUCUUUGUCUAAUAUAACACUCAGUACCUGCUUAUCACUGAGUGUUAAGCCCCUAUGAGAUGUCUCUCAUUGGAUGUUUUCAGAUUCUAACAAAUACCAGAUCAAAUCUGAAAUGUUGAAUCUAUUCCAUUGACAUAUGCAAAGACAGUUGGUGCUACAAGAGUGCACGUUUUAAAAGGCGAGCCCAAACCAAACACCCCUUUGAGGUGUUAUUUUUCAUUGGAAAGUUAAUUUCUUUAGUUUCAUAGUUUCAGUAACUGCUAAGAGCCUGUAACUCAUAAACUGAGGGCUGUGCCGGAAAGUUUUUUUGAUGCAGCCCAUAUCCAGAAAUAUUUGUUGCUUUAUUCACCCUUUCUGUUUUUUUGUCAACAGACAUCUGCUACAGCACAGCUUGAUAACUGAGUUCCCUCAGCAUGACAAUGGCGUCCUAUGACUGCCCUUUUGGUUACGGUUUGACAUGGCUACAGCCUUCAAAUUCAAUCUACAAUGCUUGUUUUGUUUUUAUUUACGUUUUGUGUGUAUAUUGUUUUUCAUCAAGAUACUUCUGGUUUGGGAAUGUCAUUGUUGUGAACUGUCGUGGUGGGAAAAGUUGGAGAAUCGUCGCUUUACCUUGUCAAAGUGGCUCUAACAUCUUUUUGCAUGAAUGGUUGUAAAAUGUUUUUUUGUUUUUUUUCAUGUUAUUGUUUUUUGGUUAACUUUUCAGAAAAUGCUGACAUUGCUCCCUAAUCAGAAUAGGAUACAAAUCUCUUCCCCUCAUGAUCUUCUCAUUCGAAAAACAAAGUUGACUGUUUGUAGUGUACAGAAAAAUCAGUUGAUAUCAGAGUCGUGGACUCGUGGAAGUUUAUGUUGGUAGGUUUUACCUGUUUUUGUUGGUGGGAGAGUCAUGUUUAGUCCCCAAAAAGCAAAUGCACUCUCGCCACCACCUUUCCCUUCGAUUCUCUGUGUAUAUACCCUGUUCUUCGAUGACUGUACAUAUGUGAAAGUGAAAAGAGAGGGGAAAAGAGCCAAGCAAAUGCUAUAUUUUCGGCAUCUGAUAUUGUUUUUCUUUAACUGUAGCUUGAAAAAUAAAAUGUUUUCUUUUUUGGGGA